UAAUUUUCAGACAAAAAGAGAGACAACUGAAGAGGAAAAUCAUUCGUACACAACACAGUGCAAUUUCAUUCACAGAUCAAUUGUUAGAAGCAUCCACACUUGAAGCUAAACAAAUGUUCACAGAGAAUUCCUAUCGAAUUAUCAUAGUUGGUACAGUGGGAUCAGGAAAAAAUAGCCUUGGAAACAGUUUAAUGGGUUGUCAACAUUUCAAAACAGGAAUUUCAGGUUCAAGUGCAACUCGCAAAUGUGAGAAGGGAGAAGCUUUCAAUCAUGGAAAAAAUAUAACUGUUGUAGAUACCAUAGGGUACACUUCUGAAGUUUUAAAAAAAUGUAAACUUCUGAGGGCAUUCGAUAAAAUUUCACCCGGGCCGCACGCAGUUUUAAACGUAAUUCCCUUUUCUGAAAGGUUUACAAGUGAAUUUUUUUCCUCGAUUCAACAAUUUGUGAAUCUCGUCGGGAAGGAAGUAUAUAACUACUUGGUAAUUGUCCUGACACACGAAGACCAGUUAGAAAUGGAAAAUCUAACAAUAGAUGAAUUCAUAAAGUCGUCACCAACGGAAUUCAAAGAAUUACUUAAUCAGUGUGAGAAUCGCAUUUUUGCUAUAAACAAUCGUGCAACCGAUGGGGCAAAGCAUAAAAAAGUAAAACGGCUUAUCAAAAUUAUAGAAAAAAUUAAGAGAAAAAAUGCUUGUUUUGAGACAUAUGACGAGUUUCUGUUUUAAAGGAGCCUUUCAGACAUUUUUUUAAAAAAUAAAAAUCAGCAUAAACCUAUUUCCUUUUGGUUAGUGAUAAUAGAAUUUAAAACACAGCCUGAUGAACCCUACAUGAAUCAAAAGAACAAAUAAAA